AUGGUUCAACUAUCCACUAUGACUAUUGUCCUCACCUCGGUGCUCUCCACCUUGGUAGCUGCUAAGAGCUGCAAAAGGGGUGGCAUUUACUGCGGUAAAAGCCUCCUUGACCGGGGCGACUACAUCACCAAGCUGGACACCAACCUAAAAGCCAACGACAAACCGGACACGCAGCAAUACCGACUCGAGUCGCUCUGGACCUGUCUCGAGCAUGGCGAUAUCAGCUUCAUCCAAUACUGCGCCACGGGCUGCCUGGGAAAUGGAAAUAACGACGACUCUUGCACUGAUGAUGCAGCGGCUGAUGCAGCGGCUGAGGCUGCUAAGAGAGAUGUUGGUAUUGCUUGGGUGGCUUAG